GAAGGUGCUGGCCCCGGCCACGCCCCCAAACAGAGAGCAGCCAGGAGGCUCACCCUCAGGCCAGCUGGCGGCAGAGGGUGGUGCUGGGCCCGGGGCUUUAGAACCUUGGCCCCCAUCACAAUGGGCCGAGGUUCCGGGGACAAUUUGAACUGUUGUCCUGCUGAGCAGGCCCAGCACAGGGAGGGUGGGCGGGGGCCUGCGGCCACGAUGAAGAUGUGGGGCGAAGGGGGGGACGUGGAGGAGCAGAUCCAGGAGCUGAAGACCAUCACGCAGCUUCAGGAGCAAUGCCGGGCGCUGCAGGUCCAGGCCAUGAAGGAGAAGACGGUCAAGAACAAGGCCACGGUGGCUCUCCUGCGCAGCAACAUCCGCCGCGGGGCCCAGGAGUGGGCUUUGGCUAAGAAUCACGACAAGCGGUCCAUCUCCCGGGCCUGCGGGAACGACGUGCCCAUGAGGCUGGCGCACUGCCGCUGCUCCAUGGAGGUGGCGCGGGAGAAGCUGCGCAAGUACGUCUUCGACCGCGUGAACGUGCACAACGUGCUGAUCCACCUGGUGCGGCGGCGGGGGCAGCAGCUGGAGAGCCUGCAGCUGCAGCUGGAGGGCCUGCAGCACCAGCCGGUGGCCACCAAGGAGGAGCUGCGCCUGCUGCAGGUCAUCCGCCAGUUGGAGAACAACAUCGAAAAGACAACAAUCAAGAUCACCACGAGCCAGAACAUCCACCUGCUGUACUUGGGGCUGCUGGAUUACCUGAAGAAAGAGCUGUCAGGAUACCCCACCCAGCUGGACAAGCUGCAGAACCUGAUGGCUGACUACUGCUCGGAGCUGUCGGACAUGACAGUCAUGUCCCAAGAUGCCAUGAUGAUUACGGAUGAGGUCAAGAUGAACUUGCGGCAGAAGGAGGCGACCUUCAUCGAGGAGCGCCGGGCCCGGGAGAACAGGCUGAACCAGCAGAAGAAGAUGAUCGACAAGAUCCACACCAAGGAGACCAGUGAGAAGUUCCGCCGGGGCCGGAGGGACUUGGACUUCCCCACCAAUCUGAUGAGUGCGGAGAGCCUGAAAGUGAGGAAAAAAGAGACCUCCCAGGCCGACAUCGAGUACCAGGCGAAUCUGACUGCUCUGCUGGAGAGAAUCAAGACGGCUGUGCGGUGCUCCCACCUCUGGGACAUCACAGGCCAGUUCCUGGCUCAGAGGAACACGGAGGACAACCUGCAGCUGCAGAUGAGGGAGUGUGAGGAGAAGCGGACUCAGCUGGGGGCCUUGAUGAGGAAGCUGGAGAUGGAGGAGGCGCUGCUGAAGUUCCACCAGACGUCCAGCUCCGACAGCUCUGAGUCCGUCCAGCAUAAAAUGCAGGACCUGCUGAAGGGGGAGCAAGAGAGGCUGCAGCUGGCCCACACAAACAUGACCAAGAGCCAGAAGCUGCUGCUCACCCUGCAGAUGGGCAUCGACAACCUGUACCUCCGGCUGGUCGGCAUCGCCCUGCCCGAGGACCAGGUACCGGCCGCGUGCGGCGGAGCGGCCUGCACGGGGAGCUUGGGGAGGCCGGAGCGGGUCUGAGCCCGACCUUGCGGUCUGCAGAAGAUGGCCACCCCCGACAGCCUGGACGGCCUGGACUUGCACAGCAAGCUGGCGUACUGUGAGAGGAAGCUCCUGUACCUGGUUGACAAACUGCAGGCGCUGUCCACCACUGAGGAGGACAACACGAAGGUGAGGGACGCCCUGGAAUCCUCGACUCUGAAGGAGAAGCAGAACACCAGGAUCACCUUUGAGGAGCUGGAGGACGAUAUGAUAGAAACCUUCCACUUCGCCGACGUGGACCACAGCUACGUGCCCUCGCGGGCCGAGAUCAAGAAGCAGUCCCAGCGCGUGAUCGAGGAGAAGUUCAAGACGGCCAAGAAGAAGAAGAAGUGACCCGGGGGCCCCGCGCCCCCCGCCCGCGCCCCACCCCCGGCGGGCGCUUUGUUACACAAAUAAACAUUUUUCCAGAACGGCUGGGGGUUCCGAAGGGAGACAGGAGUCUCAGAAAGUGAACCUGGGCA